UGCACGGUUAUGCACGAAAGAACUCGAAGAAGAUUGUUCGCGCAGUGCAUUAUGGUUACGUACCGGCUGCGGUGGUUUGCUUGAUGUUUUCUCCUGGUUCGUAUAAUGUUACCGUGAUGGUGGAAAGAAGAAUCAAGAACUAAUGUGUUUCUAACAACAGCUAGCCUCCGUGGAGAGGUGCACCAAUGCCAUGGCCUCCAGCCACAGCUCCUCCCCAGUGCCUCAUCCCAGCAGUGGUGGCAGCGAGGGGAUCUUCCGGAAGGACAGGGACCCUUCCUCACGACACUACAGGCCCGUCCGCUCCCUGCCCGACGUAUGCCCCAAGGAGCCCACGGGCGAGGCAGCCCGGGGGCUGUGCGAGGGCCCGUCGGUGGUGGCCGACCAGCACAGGUGGACGGUGUACAACUCCAAGGUGAACCUCCCAGCCGCGCUGAACGACCCACGGCUGGCCAAGAGGGAGUCUGACUUCUUCACCAAAACCUGGGGCCUGGACUUUGCCGAGACAGAAGUCAUGCCCUCCUUCUACCUCCCCAACAUUACAAAGGAACACUUUGGCCCCUACCUGCAGGAAACAGCUCAGAGGGAAAAAAUCCAUGUGCGAUGCAAGAAUAUCUGUCCCAACAAGGAUGAGCUGGACGCUGUCUCCAGCAUCACAAACAGCCACGACAAAUCAAGAACAGAGUUGGAGCAGGUGCCCAAGAUAUUCAUGAAGCCUGACUUUGCGCUAGACGAGCCAACGACCUUUAACGCGGUCCUACCAUGGUCCCACUUCAACAGCGCUGGCGGGAAGAGCAGCAGGGACGUGGCAUCGUCACGGUUACUACAGGAAAAGCUGAGCCACUACCUCGACGUGGUGGAGGUGAGCAUCGCGCGCCAGAUCUCCCUGCGCUCCGAGGCAUUCUUCCACGCCAUGUCCUCCCAGCACGAGCUCCAGGACCGCCUCACCGAAACCGCCCGCGCCGUGGCAGUCCUCCGGGGCCGCACGGCCGCCAUCGAACGCAUCAUGUGCGAAGGCCCGCUGCGGGCAUUGCGGCAGGCGUUGACGCGCUCCAACUGCGCGCGGCUGCACAACAAGCUGAAGCUGAUGGCGGCAGUGCACCAGAGCCAGCCCACUGUGCAGCUGCUGCUCUCCACCUCGGAGUUCGUCGGGGCCCUGGAGCUCAUCGCCACCACCAAGGAGGUGCUGCAGCAGGAGCUGCAGGGGAUACACAGCUUCAGACAUCUGGGCUCUCAGCUGUGUGAGCUGGAGAAGCUGAUAGACAAGAUGAUGGUGGAGGACUUCAGCAUGUACUCCAGGAGUGACCUCAGCAGGAGUCUGGAGGACGACGGACAGGUCAUGGAGAAGUGGUCACUGUUCUCACAGAUGCAAUACAAACGUUCAGUCUCAAUAAAGGACAGGCUGGAGUCUCUGGUGUUUGGCUUGCUGAGGCAGCGGAAGCUGGAUUUUCUGGACAUCUACAGCGACGAGAUGAUCCUAGCAGCCAAAAGCAUCGUCACACAGUGUGUUGUCGACUCGGUGUCGCAGAUUGAAGAAAUCAACACUGACGUUGUCACAAAGUAUUCCCAUGCAUCAAUAGAGAGACAUGUGUGAUCGUAUCCCAAUUUAAUCAAGGUUUGAACUUAAAUCCUGGACUCUGGUCAGUUUAUUUUAAUACUUUUCUAUUUGCUAUGUUCUUAAAGUUUAACAUCACUACACCCCUGGGUUGUAUUCACUAGACACCAACUGGAAGACCCUGAAUAUGUCUAUUAACCGUUUAACCCAACCGGCUGGUAGAGUAUGUUUUGGCAAUGGAUAUAGAAGUGGAUAGGAAAAAAGUUGAUUGGUCAACUUCCCCAGCCCUCCUGCAUCAAUUAAAGUCAAAAAUGUGAUUUUUCCUGUGUGUGUACAUACA